AUGCCAGAACGUUAUUUGAAAAAUACUUUAACACUUCCAAAUGCUAACGAUUGCGAUCCUGCAAAAAUCGAAAAAUUUAUUAGAUACGGUGUUGAAAAAAUUCUUUCUAAAUUUCCAGCCACUUAUGAUAGUCGUUAUUAUGAUGUGUUUGUUGGAUACGGAGGAAUUGCUUUCAUGUUUUUUCAUUUAUACCGAUUGUUUCCUGAUUUAAUAAUCGCUGGGGACAAUGAAGAUUCAAAUAAAUUAUUAUAUGGUCGAGCUGGGUAUCUUUAUGCUUUGAUUUUUAUUCGAAAAUAUUGUAAAGAUAACGAGGAAAUUAUGUCAAGAAUUGGAAAUGAUAAAUUAAAAGAAAUUAUCAAGUUAAUCAUUAAAGAUGGCAGAGAUGGUGCAAAACGAAUUACAGAUUUGAUGACUAUUAAUGAUAAAGUUACAAGACCUGCCUUAAUGUGGAGUUGGCAUAAUUCAGAAUAUGUUGGUGCCAUACAUGGUGUUGAAAUAAUUAUUUCCCUUUUAAAAAUUUAUUCUUUAUACCCAAAUUAUACUUCAUCUAAAAAUAUUCUUUUGAAUGCAAUUUCUAAAAUUGAUUUGGUCUGGAAGCGUGAAAUUUUGAAAAAGGGUGUAACAGGUCUUUGUCAUAAUACUCUUGCACUUGGUUUAUAUGGAGGUGAAUGGGAAGUAGAAACUCAUAAGGGUGAAGUGCGGGUUCCUGAUCAUCCAUGGAGUCUUUUUGAAGGUCUUGGUGGUGGUGUGGUUUAUUGGUCUGAUUUG